AUGGCAAUGGAGGGCAAUUACUUACAGUCCCACCCCCACCCCAAUCCACAUGCUUAUUCGGGUCUCGCGGAUCACGCCACCGAUCUCACUGCCCACGGAGCAACCUCGCAUCACUCACACGGCGCAUUCCUUCUCCCUCCGGCUCCAGCCCACUACCACCACCACCCUCGAACACUUGGACCCAACGACAGUGCUGCUCCUCCUGACACCACCCUCCACUACCACCACUGCCUUUUCUCGGAACCCUCUGUCCCAUGGGAUACCUCCGUCCAGCAAACAUUCAACCACCAUCAACAACAGCAGCAACAACCCCAACAACAUCAAAAUGAGAAUCAGUCAUGCUCCCACGAAGACUUUUUUAUUGAGAAACAGUCCGACCCUGUCUCAGUCUCUUAUUGGGGAGAAAAGCUUCCUUCUCCUGCUUUCGGUGCAACUUGGGAGCCGGAGACCUACCCUGGGGGUUAUGCUUUGGCACCGAAUGAUACGACAUUCUACCAAGAGUUUCAAAGCUCUUCGCCUUUCCCUCCCUUGCCUGGAGCUCACUCACUAAUUCCUCAACCAACUUCAUCUUAUUUUCGUGGACCCUCUCCUUCUCAAUAUGGUUUGGGAAGGUCGGUACCUGCAGCACAGCAAAGUUACAGUGGGAUGGAGUCCUCUAGUGAUGCCUGCCUUUCCUCAAACAACACAACAGAGAGCUCUGAAGCAGUAACUGGAAGUGGCCAUCCACAAGAGAGCGAAGUAAAACCCACUCUACCUCCAAUCGAAUACUAUUCCGACAGACAGGAGUUUAUAGAGCCUUUGGCAGAGUGCAAGGAAGUGGCAGGAAGAACUGAUGGGGCAGAGGAAGAGGAAGUUGACGGAGAGGAGGAUGGUGAAGAGGCUGAUGAAGGUGCGGUGAGUGGAGACAGAGCUAUUCAAUGUGAAGAUGAUGCAACACUAGGACAAGAAGGCGGAUCUAAGGAAAACAACGCGGACUCUAUUAAUGGAGGAGAUCCAAAAGCUCCACACAAAGAAUCCAGUUAG